ACACGUGACUAAUACCGCAAGCGUGCGGCCAUUUUGUUGAAUUCGGGAGGACUGCACACAAUGGCGGAACAGCAAGACUACACAUACGAUCAACAGGCAAAUGGUGAAGGGGGAUUUGAACAGUUUGAGCAGCAACAACAGAAUGCAGAACCUAUGGAAGGACAAGAAACAAAUUACAAUGCCGGAGGCGGCGGGGAAGGUGGUAAACUUGAGGACGACGAUGAACGAAAAAUAUUUGUUGGAAAUCUCAGUUGGGAAACCUCACAAAAAGACUUAAAAGACUACUUCAGCAAGUUUGGAGAAGUAGAAAAUUGUGUCUUAAAACAGGACUUGGAAACUCGACGAUCAAGAGGAUUUGGAUUUGUUGUGUUCAAAGACGUCGCCACAGUUGAUAAAGUAAGAAAUGUUGGACAUGUUUAACAGUAAAUAACUAAU